CCUAACUGAAAUCGGUAUCGAUAGACCCAAGCCAUCAACAUAUCUUUUGUUUACAAUUUAAAUAUUUAAAAACUCUGUAUAACAACCGCCAGAACCCAAAUGUGGCCUCCGGAAAGCAAAGAUAGCUACUCUGCCAAUAUGGACUACAGCAAGAACGUGGUAAACAUACUUCCAAGCGUAGAGAUGAUGGUAAGCUUCAAUGGCGACAUGACGCGAUCCAAUAAGCGGGCUUGUAUACUGUACGCUGAGAGGAUGGACUUCAAGGAACUGCUGCAACUCCGGUUAACCGAGAAAUCCGACCAACGGAGAAUGUACAUUACGACAGUGGAUAGCGCCUCCUUUCAUGAACUUAAACAGGAUCAGUCGCUGAAUGUAACGUUCUCUGGGUUUAUGGACAAUGUAGUGCGAAUGUUGAAGGACUGCCAGACUGGUAAGCUUGAGCUACACUUGUCUGCAAGGGAUCUAAACCUUUCGUCUGGUAGAGAAACCCUCGACUAUCAUUUACAAUUCGUAGAAAUAAGAUCCUUUAAAAACCUUGUCCACCUGAGCCUGCCUUGUCGUUCUGCUCCCUUGAACACUGUUCUUUUCUACAUAAAUAUCAUGCUCGAUGACUCCCGCAAAAAGCAAUUCAUACUGGAGCAGAGUAUACAGCAAAUGCAGGUGGAAAUGAAUUCACAAAGCUCCAAAAUAGAAAGAAUGGGGGUGGAGAACAGCAGUCUAAGAGAAGCUUUAGCUGAAAAUACUCGAAUCCUGGAAGAAAAAAAAAGUGCAGAGAUACAACAAUUCCAGGAAAAACUGGCCAAGAUGAAUGAACAACGCAGUAGUGAAACGGAGAGGAAUCGCAGAGCGAUAACUGGUCUCCAGGCGCAAAUAGAAAAGGCUACUUUAGAGAAAAACGAUAUAAGAAUAGCCUUGGAGCAGGCUGAAAAUCAAUGUCAAACUCUGGCAGAGGAACUAUCCUGCUGUAAAUCUCGCGUGUGCACCUUGAAGGAGCAGAACGACAAACUCUACGCAGAUUUGGCGAAUGCUAAGAAGCAGGAACGUAAACUUGAAUACAAAAUCGACGACAUGAAGCAGCACACGGCCGAGCUGCAGGAGCAUAUACAAAAGGGAAACAAGGAAAAGGCUAACCUAACUGCAGAACUGGAGGCCGAAAAGAAAAUCCUACACACCAAACGCCAAGCCUUAGAAAUAGCUUCUGAGGAGAUAUCAAAGGCGAAUCAGAUUAUCCUUAAGCAGAGCCAGGAGCUACUUAACCACAAAAAAACCAUUGCAUGGCGGACAGAGGUGGCUCUUCAGCAGGAGAAAGCCGUUCAAGCCAAGGAAAGCCUUCUAUCCCUGCGUGAAGAUGAACUGCGCCAGGCUCGAAUAACCAUUGAAAAGCUAAGGGAGGAAAUUCCCCAGCAAUUGCAAUCUAUGCGAAACUUUGCCCAGAGUCUGGAGCAGAAGUAUUCCAAACAGAUCCUAAUCCUCAAAGAUCGAUUAUCCAUACCCACUGGCAAGGAAAAUCGCCAUUAACUUAGCUUAGUGUUAGUGCAUUUCUCGUUUUGUUCAAUAUAUUAAAGUUAGUUUUAUUGUCUGGCUCUAGUCAUAA